UGCUAUUUAUGAAGCAGAAGAUGUUGAAGUAAUUGAUAAAAUCUACAAUGGAAUGGCAGAGUUAAUUAAGUCGAUUAUGAACCAAAAGAAAAGAGAUGAGGAAAACAAAAAGCGGUUGGCUGAGUCAGAAAAAAAUGGGGAUGAAAAAAAUAAGAAAGAAUUUAUUGCUGAUGUUGAAAUGGAAUUAAUUAAAGAAAAUGUUUCCGAUGAAAGAUUAAGUAAAAAG